AUGAAGACGGUGAGCCUCGGCGCCCCGCGAUCCUCCACUGUGAAGUUCCGCAUGCCGACGAGGGACAACCUGGUGCCGAUACGCGUCGACAUCGAGGUGGACGGCCAGCGCUACAGGGAUGCCUUCACCUGGAACCCCCGCGAUCCCGACUCGGAGGUCAUCACCUUCGCCAAGAGGACGGCCAAGGAGCUCAAGCUUCCGGCCACCUUCGUCCCACAGAUGCUCCAGUCCAUCCAGGGGCAAUUGGCAGAGUUCCGUUCCUACGAGGGGCAGGAGAUGCAGGUCAAGGAGAAGAUUAUGCCCCUCAAGAUUGACCUCCGAGUGAACAAUACGACAAUUAGAGAUCAGUUCUUGUGGGAUAUAGGCAACCUUGAAAGUGAUCCUGAGGAAUUUGCAAGGACGUUAUGUGAUGAUUUGAACAUUACAGAUCCUGAAGUUGGGCCUGCAAUAGCUGUUUGCAUCCGUGAGCAACUUUAUGAGAUUGCUAGCCAGACUGUUUCUGCUAUGAGAGAAGCUAAAAUGUCAAAGAAAAGGCGAGCACCAGAAUUUGCCUCUAAUAGUAAAGCCAUGAACAACGCAGUGGAUAUGUUCAAGUAUUUUGGGAGCAAAGGAAGCGUCAUUCGGAAAAAGAAGGAGUGGUACCUGUACGAGCCUGUUGUAGAUGUCGUGCCUAAAGAGGAAGCUGCAGUUGUGGAUGCAAAGGAGCAGCUGAAAUAA